GAUGGGUUAGAAGGAUCAACAAUGAAAUUACCACAUUCUUUUAAUGCAGGAAUAGAAAACUGGUCAUCAUCAAAUAAAGCAGAAACCAUAUCAAUAUUAACAACAUUACUUGUAGUUCUUUCAAAUAGCAAU